CUCCUCCGUCAUCGAAGCGUUUAAUGUUUCCCAAACGACAGAAACUUCACCGAAGAUCCUCUGAGUUUUGUUUUAAGACUUCCGGACUAAACGUAACUUCGGUUGUCAUGUGAAAACUUUAAUUUUUAAACGUCACAGCUCGGUUCGGGAUAAAAAGUUUGGACCUGUUGAGAGUUAAUUUUAACCUAAAAGCUGUAAACGAUGCAUAUGCUGGCGUCAAACGGAUCCAUAAUGGACCUGGAGUCGGAGUGGGUGAAAAUUAAAGCGCACUACAGAGGCUACAUGUUGAUCACUGACCUGGCCGCCUCAGUAACCUUCGUACAGCUGUGUGAGGAGGUGAAAACCAUGUGCAGCGUCGCCCGGCAGCAGCCAAUCACGCUCAAGUGGAUCGACGACGAAGGAGAUCCGUGCACCAUCUCCUCUCAGCUGGAGCUGGACGAAGCUUUUCGGAUUCACAGUCGGACCAAGAGGUCCGGUCUGAUGCUGCACGUUUUCCCCAGCAUCCCGGAGAGGCCCGGCAUGCCGUGCCCGGGAGAAGACAAAUCGAUCUACCGCCGCGGCGCCAGAAGAUGGAGGAAACUCUACCGAGCCAACGGACACCUCUUCCAGGCCAAACGCUUUAACAGGAAAGCCUACUGUGGCCACUGUAGUGAAAGGAUAUGGGGGCUGGGAGGGCAGGGCUACAAGUGUAUCAAGUGCAAACUGCUGGUCCAUAAGCGCUGUCACCGACUCUUCCCCCAGACCUGCCAAAGGCUUAUGGAUCCAGCCAUGCCAUCACAGGAGCCCCCUUCAGACCCCAAGAGCGAAGAGGUGGACCUUCCACCAGACGACACAGAGGACACAGAUGGGAUAUCGUUUCUGCCACACAACUGUGCCGUGGAUAAACCAGACGACGCCGACACAGAGGACCCGGACCUGAGCCGCCUGAAGGACAUCAGCGCGGUGGUGGACGGCCUGGACAGCAUCAAGCUGUCCCAGGGCGCCAGUCUGAGCCUGAGCGACUUCGAGCUGAUCCGGGUGAUCGGGCGGGGCAGCUACGCCAAGGUGCUGCUGGUGCGGCUGAAGAAGAACGAGCAGGCGUACGCCAUGAAGGUGGUGAAGAAGGAGCUGGUCCACGAYGACGAGGAUAUCGACUGGGUGCAGACGGAGAAGCACGUGUUCGAGCAGGCGUCCACAAAUCCUUUCUUAGUCGGCCUCCAUUCGUGUUUCCAGACAGAAAGUCGGUUAUUUCUGGUGAUCGAGUACGUGAAUGGCGGAGACCUGAUGUUCCACAUGCAGCGGCAGAGGAAGCUCCCGGAGGAACACGCCAGGUUCUAUGCUGCUGAAAUAUGCAUCGCUCUGAAUUUCCUCCAUGAAAAGGGCAUCAUCUAUCGAGAUCUGAAGCUGGACAACGUUCUGCUGGACCACGACGGACACAUCAAACUCACAGACUACGGCAUGUGCAAGGAGGGGAUCAGACCGGGCGACACCACCAGCACCUUCUGUGGAACCCCAAACUACAUCGCACCUGAGAUCCUCCGAGGAGAGGACUACGGCUUCAGCGUGGACUGGUGGGCUCUGGGGGUCCUGAUGUUUGAGAUGAUGGCUGGGAGGUCUCCGUUCGACAUCAUUACAGACAAUCCUGACAUGAACACUGAGGAGUACCUGUUUCAAGUGAUUCUCGAGAAGCCCAUUCGCAUCCCAAGGUCUCUGUCUGUGAAAGCUGCCAGCGUGCUCAAGGGCUUUCUGAACAAGGAUCCAAAGGAGCGACUGGGUUGCCAGGUCCAGACGGGCUUCACGGACAUCAAGUCACACACAUUUUUUCGGAAUAUUGACUGGGACCAGCUGGAGAAGAAAGAGAUGACGCCGCCCUUCAAACCUCAGAUCUCUGACGAGUACGGCUUGGAAAACUUCGACACGCAGUUUACCAACGAACCAGUGCAGCUAACGCCGGACGAUGAGGACGUCAUCAAGAGAAUAGACCAGUCAGAGUUUGAGGGUUUUGAGUACAUCAACCCUCUGCUGAUGUCUACAGAGGAGUCCGUAUGAAGACUGACCUUCCGCCUGUCCAAGCUGCCAAAAUAAWAACAGAAGCCAACUCUGGAAGACGAGGAGGACGAACUGCACCGGUCACGAAACAGACGUAGGACGAAGAGUUGGACUGUUGAAUUCUCAGACUCUCCUUACUUGAAGCGAAGGAGAGAAACCGAAACACUGGACUGCGAGAACAUUCCCCGCUUUUAUAGUUUCUUUUCCUUUUUUUUUCUCCUUUGGAUUAUUUCCUCAUUUCCCGCAGAGCGUCCACCUCCACGUCUCAUUCUGUGCCUGCCGUCAUGAAAACACUUCGACCCGUCUCACGUCUGCGGAGUUCUGCCGGAGAACCUGAAACGAUUUUAAUCUGCACUUUUUUUUUUCAUUUUGUUUUUUUUUAAUCUUGUAGAAGAGACGACGACUCGGACAAAACAAGAAUGUACAAACAAAAGAAAAAAAUAUUAAGUUAUUGUGUAAUAUAAUGUAGGUAGUGAAUCUAAAAUCAACGAUGCCUUUCUAUUGAUGCAAGUGGCACAUUUUCAUUGAUAGUUUUUUUAUUGUCAUUUACGACUUUCUCCAAACAAAACGCGGGAAACAAGAUGGAUUUUAUUUAAGAAGUGCCUCAAAGAUCAAAUUAAUUCCUGAUUGCACUGAUUGGACUUUUUUCACCUGUCGGAAGGUGGAACCGAUCAAAACAAGGCCCAGGUCUGACGAAACAACAGUUUCAGACUUUAUCAGUCCCCAAAUCACACGUCCCGUUGUUUUACUGAUCAGUGUUGGUCGUUGUCCACAAAUCCACCCGAGCAGCAGCAGAAAAACAAAAAGAAAACGGUAAAGUUUCUUUAAAACGAAGGCGACCAACCAUUAAAGACGAGGAUUUAAAAUAAAAUAAUUAAUUWAAAAAAAAACAGUCACUCUGCUGGUUUUUGUUUCUAGUUUUUGCUGGUUCAGAGCGUGACUGCGUGAUCCGUCCAUAGCUUCAAAAACUGUUGAAAACUCCGCCCCCUAAACAGGAGCUUCUCCUUUCAGGGGUUCCAAAGUAAAGGUCCGGACAGGAAGUGGGGUCCUUGAGACAUUUCCUUUGUCAAAACAUGCAGCUUGACUGGAAAUUGAGACUUUUGGCAGAGGUUAAAUUUUACAUUGUAAACAAAGUUUAACAAAAAAAGAGAAAUUUCUUUAUAAUMAACUGAAUUUUGGUCUUUUCCAAUUUUCCAUUUUUGUCAUUUAGAGCGAUUUUAAAAGAAAAAAAAUUGUGCAUCAUCUUCCAACCGUUUCCCUGAGAUGCUUCCACUGACGACACUGAGAUCAAAGUGUCAGUUUUAGUGGUAAAUCAAUUAAAUCAGGUCCACCUGGUCGGUCGCUCGUUAACACCAACAGCUGAUCGGCCAAUCACGUGGCAGCAAUCGUGUUCAGAAAAUGACAUCAUCAAAACAUCUGACGUUGUGGGUUUCACCAUGUUGGGUUUUUGGAACCGGAGUCUGAGCACUGGGGCGGAGCCUCAAUACGAAAGUCCCGCCUCCACAAACAUUCACCAUUGAGCUGUCAAUCACAGUGAAAUAUGACCCUCCUCUUUAUUUAUCCAUCAGCUUUACCUGCUUCCUUCCUUUCUGGGUCGCAAAGGUCUCUGUGUGAGAGGCGGGUCCAUCAAGUCCAUCACAGAGACACACAGACACACAACCCGUCACACUUAUAACUCGUAACUCURAAUUGUCCCUAAUGUGCAUGUUUUUGGUCUGUGCAAGAAAACCAGAGUGUCCGGAGAGAACCCACUGAUGCAUGGAUGAGGCGGGCAGGCUCCACCCAGGGAGGUCCCCGGUCGGGAUUCGGUCCGGCAACCUUUCUCGCCAAAAGUGACAGUGUUACCAACUGAGCCGAUAGUUUUCUUCAAGCCUCUAAUAAUUAAUUGUAACUUAAUAUAUUUUUUCAGGAUCUGACUCUGGGUUUCCACUGGGUGCUCUGGUUUCCCCCCACAGACUAAAAACAUGCUAAUAGGUUCACCGGCCAUUAAAUCAUCCUUAGAUGUGACUGAGUGGUUUUUAGUCUCUACUGUGCUGGACUUGGUCUCCAGGGUGUCCCUCGUCUCAGAAACCCAGAAAGAAAAAAAAGAGUAAAAAUAAAAGGACGGAGCGUUUACGUCGAGAGGCAGAGCUUAAAUCCAAACUUGUGGGUUAAAAGUGAAAAACUGUUAGCUGCCAAAUAUUCUCUAAAUUCAACAUAAUUUAUUCCCAAUAAUCUGCAGAACAAGGUGAGUUUUAACAUUAAAGGAAAACACAGAU